AUGAGGGCCAUACGUCAAUUCGUUGUCGUUUACAAAGUAACGGCAUUAUUGGAGCUGUUAUCCGAAAGGCCAGUGGAUCAAAUGGGACUCCGGUCGCUUUCUCGUUUGGGUGAACGACUUUUUGAAGUAGCCACAGGUGCGUUUAAUGGAGCUUCUGGAGGGUAUAUCAUAAACUACAGCGAGUUCCGCAUCAGUACGCAGACAGGCAGCUCUUUCCGAUUCGCAUGCUCCAAUGAAGUAUGUCGUUCCCGGCAUAUUUUGUAUGAGCACCACCUCAACAGGGCUGUGGUGCUCAAAUACCCGAGGGCGCUCCUGCUAGACUUUUCCCCGGUGGGGACAACCUCGGCAGCUAUGGCCAUCGGACAAGUAUGGCUAAUGUUGCCGCUUCUGCCGCAAGCCAUUCUACACCCGAUAAGAGAUUUCGGAGUGCAGGUGAACCUUAAAAUGAGGGACGAGUAUAACAACGAACAGAAACGAUUUAUCUCAGGAACGACAACGCCGAACGAUGCUGUAUAUCCUUGCAUUAUACGUUUCUACAACGACAUGAAGCAGGCAUUAGCCCAGCUCGUAAAUAAGCCUUAUGAAUUCAAUAAUAUUGAUCUACCAGCAUUGGAUAAGCACAUAAUACUGGAUAUAAUUGAAUUUAACGGAGAUUUUGAAAACGGUUUUGUUAACUAUGUGCCGACAAACGCAAACUUUUACAACAGAGGAUGCCCGAAUUAUUUUAUCAUGGAAGCCAACACACUUGAUCCAAAUCUUCGUCAAAAGCAAAUUUUGGACUCCACUGAAGCAUUUAGUCAGUUCUGUAACAUCGCUGACCUCAAGGAUAGCAUGAUUCGCUUUUAUAAUACUAUACCUGCGUCAGUGCAAAGGUUCUCGAAGUGGGAAUCAAACUUCAGAGAACAUUCAGAUAGUUUGUCGUUUUAUCGAACGCUGCUACAGUACAGUAAGGAGCUGUGUCCCGGAUGA